UGCGGCCGGCUCCGGUACCGGCACCGGGGCCUCCCGGGCUGCGGCGGGCGGCGGGAGGGGGCUGGCAGCACCGCGGCCCGAGCACCGGGCACCGAGCCCCGAGCAGCGGGGCCGGCCCGGCGCGCUGCAGGCGGGAUCCAAGGGAUGCGGCGGCCGCACCGGCCCCGCAGCGCAGCCCCGCCGGCUCCCCCGCCCGCACCGCCGCAGCCGGGGGCGGUCCCGGCCCCGUUCCCGGUUCCGGCGGGGCUGAGCCGCGUGUGCGGCGGCGGCGGCGGCGGCGGCGGCGAGGCGCUCCGGGCCGGGCAUCCCCGCCGGGAUGCAGCCGGGGGACGCGCCAAGGGCCAGCUGGGCGCUCACCAUGGCUGCAGCACAGCUCGUCACCUGGGGGCUGCUCCUGGCCACCGCCGUCCCCGCCGGGGCCCGGGGGAUGCUGCCGGUGGGGCUGUCCCCAGGGGGAACCCUGCAGCGGGGCAGGGACCCCCCUCAUAGCCCUGCCUGGGGACAGCGGUGGCUGGGCCUGACCCCCGCCUGGGAGGCGUCAGGGGAGCCGAGCGGCGCCGGAGCCCCCGGGAGCGAGCGCUGGGGGGGCAGCGGCCCCAUGCGCUGGUCCCCACCGCCGCAGGUGGGGGAUGUCACUGGGGCCCCACUGGAGAUGGAAACCACCGUGGCAAGCGCUGGCACCGGGGCCUGGCGGGACGGCGGCGCAGCCCCAGCCGUGGCAGAGGAGCAGCUCGUCGCCUGGAGAAGACAUGAGGGUAAAAGCCAGGACAGUCCCCGGGGGGGGACCUGGCUGCCCCAUGUCUUUACACUGGGGACACCGGGCCCUGAGGUGCCCACGGACACGGGGCCACCCUGGGCAGGGAAGAGUGCCACCGGGCCAGCCAGCACACCCAGCCCUCGGCCGACCGUGUCCACCAUCACCCUGACCACCGUGGUGGCAGUGGGGACAGGGAUGGGGACAGCAGGCACCCACGCAAGGGGACAACCAGUAGCAGGGGGACCCACAGUGGCCCCAGGUCACCCUCAGGGCACACAGCUCGCUCCAGCCACCAGCCAGCCGGUCCCGCUGGGCACUGUCCCUGUCCCCCACCCCACGGGCACGGGGCCAGCCUGGGGUCCCCACACCAGCCCUGGCACCGCAAAGCCAGUGGGCGGACAGGGAGACCUGGGUGGGCCUCCCAGUUCCUCCCUGGAUCUGCCCAGCUCUGCCCCACGGCUGCCCCCCGCAGCCCCGUCCUGGGGGCUGGCUGAGCCCUGGACCCGGGUGCUCCCGGCCCACCAGCGCAGCACCCGGAGGGCUCCGCUCAGCCGUGCCACCGCCAGCCCCGGGGAUGGAGCCCCUCGCAUGGAUCCUGGGCCGACGGGGCAGCGGGGACCCCAGCCCGCCCCAGGGUCUGCCCUCAGCACUGGCCCUGCACCACCGCCUGCCUCCAGCACGGCCCCCUCCAGCAUCCCCGGCACAGGGCUGCUGCCUGAGGAGGACAUCGGCUCCCCACAGCGCGUCCGGGGUGCCGUGGGUCCUGUGAGCACCCCAAACGCUACCGAGGCUGCCCCACGGCCAACGGCGCAUCCUGUCACAGGGACAUCAGGGAUCAGGCACUCAGACACCCCGGGGACGCAGCCCCCCACCCGGGGCACCGCGGUCCCCUCAGCCCCGUGGCGACGGGCAGGGGCGACGCUGCAGCCAGCCCCCCAGCAUCCAUCCCCGCCGCAGCCCAGCCGUCCCCCCCCGGCGCUGGGGGCCAACGGGACUGGGCUGCGCUGGGCCGAGCUGCGGCGCCGGCUGGGCUUCGCCUGGGAGGCCCACGUCUACGGGGCGGCUGCCGUCUUCCUGCUGCUGGCACUGGGCUGCCUGGCCGGGCUGGCGUGGGCGGCUGCCCUGCGUCCCCCCUACCUGCCCCACGUUUUAGGGGCCCACGGGCUGCUUCUGGCCGCUUGCCUGCUGCGGGCCACCUUCCUGCUGCUGGACCCCUACGGGGCGCGGGGCCACCUGCCCCCCCGGGCCCUGCUGCUGCUCAGCACCGUCCCCUUCCCCCUGCUCCUCGCCGCCUUCGCCCUCCUGCUCCAGCGGCUCCAGCGCCUGGCCCAGCUCCAGCUGCUGCCGGCGCGGCUCCGGGGGCUGCCGGCGCUGGGGGCUGCUGCCGCCCUGCAGAGCGCGGUGCUGGGGGCUGCCGACCUGCUCCCGCCCCGGCUGGACCCCGCCGCCGGGCUGGGGCUGCAGGCGCUGGGCUGCGGGGUCGGGGUCUUGCUGCUGCUGGGAGGGCUCUGGGGGUGCUGGCGGGUGCUGCGAGCACCCCGAGAGGGGCCGGGGUCGCGGCGGGGGGCCGGGGCGCUGCUGGCGGCGGCGGUGGCCGGGCUGCCGGUCUGCGGGCUGCAGCUGUACAGCGCCCUGUGGUUGCGGGGGGUCCUGGGGUCCCCCGGGCGCUUCUCCCGUCCCGGCUGGGCAGCGCAGCUCUGGCUGCGGGUGGGCGAGCUGGGCACGGCGCUGGCACUGCUGGUGGCUGCCACCGAGCCGCUCUGCUGCCGGUGCCGCCGCCGGAGCCCCGCCGGUCACUCCUGCUGGGCCAAGGCGCUGCGGUACUUCUGCGCCGGCCGCAAAGCCGAGGCACCCGAGUACCCCAACAACUGCUACGACCGGGCCGGCAGCGGCGGUGCUGGAGGCACCGGCACGGAGCGGGCGCCCGCCAACGACAUCUCCAAGAGCCUCAUUCGUAACCCGGCGGAGCAGCUGCCCCUGCGGGCGCUCAAGGACAGCAACGAGGCCUGGGCGGCCGCCGCCGCCAUGCCGGGGCUCAGCCCCAAAUGCCCCAAUUUGGUGGCUGCCCGCUCCUGCGCCGCCUUCGAGCGAGGCUCGUCCCCCUCGCUGGGGGAGCUGGCCUUCCGCCCGCCGUCCCCCAUCGACCUGCGCCGCAGCAUCGACCAGGCCCUCUGCCGCCGGCACCUCCUGCACGACGGCCUCUUCGGCCGGCCCCGCCGCGGCUCCGGCGCUUCGCUGCACGGCUCCCCGGCCCCCGCCGAGACCCCCGGCUUGGGGCGCAUGGCACGCUGCAGCUCACUGACAGAGCUGCCCGGCCCCCGGCAGCCCCCCGGCACCGUCACCGUCACCGUCACCGCCUCAGCCAGCUCGCUGGAGAGCAGCUCGCUGAAGAUCAGCUGGAAUCCCUGGCGCCACGGGCUCUCCUCGCCCGACAGCCUGCCCCUGGAUGAGGCGCCCAGCCGAGCCCCCCUUUUGGUGCCUGCCGGGCCCCCUCCCUGGGAGCGUGAGGGUCCCCGUGGCUUCCCGGCCCUCGGCAAGGCGACGGACACCCGCAGCCUCUCCAGCGACACCAUCGAACUCUGAGCCAGGGAGAUGCGAGGACGGGCAGAGACUGGGGGGCGCAGGGUGGGGGACGCACCCGGCGUGGGGGCCCGGGGGUCUGAUCCUGCACCCUUGCAGGGCUGGGCAGGAGCGGGGAGCUGGGCUGGACCGGCUCCAUUUGUGCCAAACCAGAGAAAUAAAAAAAGUUUCUUUCGGGA